CAGCGGUGGCGGCAGCAGCGGUGCCAUGAACAGUGGACUCCCAGCUUCAGCUGCUCCGCUCGGGGGUGCCGGGAUACCCAAUGUGAAGGUGAAGUUUUGCCGAUAUUACGCGAAAGACAAAACCUGCUUUUAUGGAGACGAGUGUCAAUUCCUGCAUGACGAUCCGUCCAUGGGAAGCCUGCCGCUGCACGGCGGCGGUAGCCCCGUCCCGUUGUCCAUGGCUGGGGGUGGCGGGACGCCAGCGGUGUAUUCCCUUGGCAGCUCCGCGGUGGCCUGCCCGGGUGGCGGGGGGACUGGUGUGUCCAAGAAAAGCGAAACAUUGGGCCCUGCAGGCACGUCUCUGGAGGGGCAGCUAUUAACCAUCCCAGGGAUGGAGGGCGCAACCCUGAGCGACGCCAAUCUCACAAACUCGUACUUCAGCAGCAGCUUUAUUGGGGUCAAUGGGUUUGGAAGCCCAGCAGAGUCUAAAUACUCAAUGAUGCAGCGAAUGACUACCAGCAGCAGCUCUCCAAGUCUCCUCAACGAUGGUGCCAAAAACUUUAGCCACAGCACUCAUGAUCCAGUGAACUCCCCGACAUCUUCACUGUUCAGUGAUUUUGGUGCUCUUAGCAUUGCCCAAAGGAGAAAGACUCCAAACCCUGCAGCAAGUGAGUUCAUCCCUAAGGGAGCUCCACGAAUGGCCACCAUGGCUCAGUCCACUGUCCAGGCAUUCCCCUCGCCUCUCUUCCCACACCCUGGCCUUAGCGGCUCAACAGCUGCUGCACUUGCUCCUGGCAUGUCUCUGUCUGCCGGAUCUUCUCCUCUCCACUCCCCAAAAAUCACACCGCACACCUCACCUGCUCCUCGUCGGCGCAGUCACACCCCAAACCCUGCCAACUACAUGGUGCCCACCACUGCAGCUGACCAGGGUACUCACAUAAUCCAGAAAGAGACUGUAGGGGGGACCACCUACUUCUACACAGACAACACCCCAGCACCAAUGGCUGGGAUGGUGUUUCCUACCUACCAUAUCUAUCCUCCCACUGCGCCCCAUGUGGCUUACAUGCAGCCAAAAGCCAACGCCCCGUCCUUCUUCAUGGCUGAUGAACUUCGACAGGAGUUGAUAAACAGACAUCUGAUAACCAUGGCCCAGAUUGACCAUUCAGAGAACCCAGAUGUACCAUCUGAGGUGGACAGCUACCACAGCCUCUUCCCCCUCGAGCCCCUCCCCCCACCAAACCGCAUGCAGAAGACCAGCAACUUCAGCUACAUUACCUCCUGCUACAAGGCGGUCAACAGCAAGGAUGACCUGCCUUACUGCCUGAGGAGGAUACACGGUUUCCGCCUUGUUAACACCAAGUGCAUGAUGCUGGUGGACAUGUGGAAAAAGAUUCAGCACUCAAACUCUGUAACACUGAGGGAGGUCUUCACCACGAAGGCCUUUGGAGACCACUCGUUGGUGUUCUCCUAUGACUUCCAUGCGGGUGCAGAAACCAUGUUCAGCAGACACUUUAAUGACCCAGCAGCAGACUCGUACUUCACUAAGAGGAAGUGGGGACAACAUGAACCCCCACCGCCACGGCAGCAUGCAGGUCUGCUCCCCGAGUCUCUGAUAUGGGCCUACAUUGUGCAGCUCAGCUCGGCCCUACGCACCAUCCACACUGCCGGACUGGCCUGCCGUGUCAUGGACCCCAGCAAGAUUGUUAUUACUGGCAAGACCAGGUUACGGGUGAACUGUGUUGGGGUGUUUGAUGUCUUAACUUUUGACAACAGUCAGACCAAUCAUCUUGCCCUAAUGCCACAGUACCAGCAAGCAGACCUAGUGUCGCUGGGCAAGGUGGUGCUGGCGUUGGCAUGUAACUCCCUGGCUGGUAUUCAGAGGGAGAACCUGCAGAAGGCCAUGGAGCUGGUGUCUAUCAACUACUCUUCAGACCUCAAGAAUCUCAUUCUGUAUCUGCUGACUGAACAGUCUCGUCUGCGCAGCGUCAAUGACAUUAUGCCAAUGAUUGGAGCUCGAUUCUACACACAACUGGAUGCAUCGCAGAUGAGAAAUGAUGUUAUUGAGGAGGACCUGGCCAAGUGCAGAAAACGUUUGACAGGGUGAGACAGGCAGAGAGGAGGAAGAAAAGGGAGAGGCAGGAGUAAAUUAUAUCUGCAAAGGUGAAAGGUGAGCUACAACUUGUUGAUGGUAAUCUGAUGUGGAGUCAAAAACAGACAUGUUCAUCUGGAGUUGCUCAUAUUUUAUAAUAUGACUGCAGCUAAAUAUUCAAAUAAAUUAGCUGACAUAUCUGUUCACAGUUGCUUUUGAUGUUGAGCUUUUUGAAUUCAUCAGUGGUUUUGGAGCUUGUGACUGUUUUGGAUUUCCAAUAAUCAGAUGAGACUGCACACAAUAAUGGAUGUAUUCAAAAGAAAAUGCAGGUUGUAAAAUGCAGUUUCUGGUUGACUUUUAGUAAGGAGGAAGUGUCUUCUGGAACCUGCGAGAAAAUGGUCCAGCACCAUGUAUGGACAGAAAGUCAAGUGACAGAGGUUUCCGUUUCUGACCGUGUUUCCUUGCAGGGAUGAGUAGUCUUGUUAUUUUAAAGGGGUCUAUUUUAAGGAGGAAUUGUCACAUAUGCUUCUACCUUUAACAUAAAAUAUGUUUGUUAAUCUUCAUUCAUUAAUCUCUUUAUUUCCUCCUAAAUGUGUUAAUUGAUUUGCUUGUUUGCAUAUGUAUGUAUUUAUAUUCAUCCUUCAACCUGCAUUAUCAGCAUACCCCAUCGGGUUGAUUUCCCUGUACAACUGUAGUGCUUGGUGUAAAUGAGCAUGUGAUUCUAUUUCUAAUCUAAAUUGAAUUUUCCUGCCUCCAGCUGC